GUGAAUGGCCCUGAUGGGAUCCUGCAGAAUGGAGCUGUGGAUGAGAACGUGGCCAAGACCAGCCAGCUGCUGGCAGAGCUCAACUUCGAGGAGGAUGAGGAGGACACCUACUACACCAAGGACCUGCCUGUGCACGCCUGCAGCUACUGUGGGAUCCACGACCCUGCCUGUGUGGUUUACUGCAACACCAGCAAGAAAUGGUUCUGCAACGGCCGUGGGAACACCUCUGGCAGCCACAUCGUGAACCACCUGGUGAGAGCCAAGUGCAAGGAGGUGACGCUGCACAAGGACGGGCCCCUGGGAGAGACGGUGCUGGAGUGCUACAACUGCGGCUGCCGCAACGUCUUCCUGCUGGGCUUCAUCCCAGCCAAGGCUGACUCCGUGGUGGUUCUGCUCUGCAGGCAGCCCUGUGCCAGCCAGAGCAGCCUGAAGGACAUCAACUGGGACAGCUCCCAGUGGCAGCCCCUGAUCCAGGACCGCUGCUUCCUCUCGUGGCUGGUGAAGAUCCCCUCGGAGCAGGAGCAGCUCCGCGCCCGCCAGAUCACGGCCCAGCAGAUCAACAAGCUGGAGGAGCUCUGGAAGGAAAAUCCAUCUGCAACCCUCGAGGACUUGGAAAAACCUGGUGUUGAUGAGGAACCCCAGCAUGUCCUGCUUAGAUAUGAAGAUGCUUAUCAAUACCAAAAUAUAUUCGGUCCUCUGGUCAAGCUUGAGGCAGAUUAUGACAAGAAACUCAAGGAAUCUCAGACCCAAGAUAACAUCACAGUCAGGUGGGACCUGGGCUUGAACAAGAAGAGAAUUGCUUAUUUCACUUUGCCAAAGACUGAUUCAGACAUGCGCCUCAUGCAGGGAGAUGAGAUCUGCCUGAGGUACAAGGGAGACCUGGCCCCCCUCUGGAAAGGAAUCGGGCACGUGAUCAAAGUUCCUGACAGUUCUACAGAUUAUGGUGAUGAGAUCGCCAUCGAGCUGAGGAGCAGCGUGGGAGCUCCCGUGGAGGUCACCCACAACUUCCAGGUGGAUUUUGUGUGGAAAUCCACUUCCUUUGACAGGAUGCAGAGUGCUCUGAAAACGUUUGCAGUGGACGAGACCUCAGUGUCUGGGUACAUUUACCACAAACUGCUGGGCCACGAGGUGGAAGAUGUCAUCAUCAAAUGCCAGCUGCCAAAACGCUUCACAGCCCAGGGACUCCCUGAUCUCAACCACUCUCAGGUUUAUGCUGUCAAGACCGUCCUGCAGCGUCCUCUGAGCCUUAUCCAGGGUCCCCCUGGCACUGGGAAAACAGUGACAUCAGCCACCAUCGUGUAUCACCUGGCCAGGCAGGGCAAUGGGCCUGUGCUGGUGUGUGCCCCCAGCAACAUCGCCGUGGAUCAGCUGACAGAGAAGAUCCACCAGACUGGCCUCAAGGUGGUUCGUCUGUGUGCCAAGAGCCGCGAGGCCAUCGACUCCCCCGUGUCCUUCCUGGCCCUGCACAACCAGAUCAGGAACAUGGACAGCAUGCCAGAGCUUCAGAAGCUGCAGCAGCUCAAGGAUGAGACUGGAGAACUUUCCUCUGCUGAUGAGAAGCGUUACCGGGCGCUGAAACGCACGGCGGAGCGGGAGCUGCUCAUG